AUGGUCCUUACCCUGAGGCCAGUGUUCUGCACCUACAACUGUUCCGCCGACUACCAGCGCGUACCAGUGAACAACGACCUGAGUGUGGAAUGUGGGGCCACUAUGAUCUCUCUGGAGGUGAACCUGUGCACUGCUAGCUGGGCUGGGUUCGACCCGACCCAACUGGCGCUGAACGGGGAGCACAACACCACGCAGUGCCAGGGCAUCAUCGACACCAGCGUCGACCCGCCAGUCAUCCGCUACCAGCUCCACGUCAACCACACUGACGACAACCCCUGCAGACAAAGCCUACAGAUUGUGGAUGAGGUUCCAGACCAGAAUAGUGCCUUUAGUCACUUCUCCAACAUCCAGUCGGUGGUCAUCACAGGGUUCAUCGACACACCAAGGUCGUCUGAGGGCAUCAUCAGCUACUCCACUGACCUCUACUACCACUUCUCCUGCCGCUAUCCCUUGGAGUACCUCCUCAACAACACACAGAUUGUAGCGUCCUCUGUGUCUGUGGCCACGAGCGAGAACAAUGGUACCUUCAUCGACACACUGAGGAUGAGCCUCUACAAUGACAGUGGGUUCGACUCUCCACUGCAAGUCCCCUCUACAGGCCUUGACCUGCGGACGGACGUGUAUGUGGAGGUCAAAGCCACAAACCUCACGGGGAACUUCCACCUGUUGCUGGAUCACUGCUUCGCCACCCCGGUUGCCUACAGCCAGAGCAACACUGAGAAGCACGACUUCUUCAUUGGGUGUUCCCUCCACGAUAAGACCACUAUAAUCCAGAAUGGAGCAGCGAAGACCUCGCGCUUCUCGUUCGAGGCGUUCCGCUUCGUGAUGCACCGUGAUCAGGACCGGUCCAGCAUCUACCUGCACUGCAUCCUGCGUCUGUGUGAACCCAGCAAGUGCCAGGAGAUCAUGGAUAUGUGUAACAACAGCAGCAGCAGCAGUGGCCGCAGGAAGAGAGAAGUGACGCCAUUUGGCACGGAAACCCCUGACUCCGCCACGGUCACCGUGGGACCCAUCUACACCAGGACUGAGGGUGCGGAGAAGCCGUCAGAGGAGGCUAAGACAGACGUGGCAGGGGUGGUGGUGGGGGUUAUAUUUGCCACCGCGGGGGCAGUUCUCCUCAUCCUGGGCGGGUGGUUUGCCCUGAAAAAGUUCUACUGGGGAGCAGGGUUCGUCCAUGGCGUUUGA